UAAAGUCAGGAAGUUAUCAUAUCAUUUUGACAGAUGGCUACAGUAGUGGUACAGCCCCAUUAUAUAUUCGGAUUGCGGACAGGAGUGAGGAAUAAUCUGCUGUUUUUUGACGAGCAAACCAUCAUAUUUCCAUGUGGAAACAACUGUGUGCGCUACAACAUCGACCAGAAAUGCCAGAAGUUCAUUCCAGGUACAGAGAGAAGUCAUGGCAUGCAGGCUUUGGCCAUCAGCACAAACAGGCGUUAUCUGGCUGUGUCUGAAUGUGGAGAGAAAGCCACAAUCACCCUGUACGACCUACAGCAUGAACAGAGCAGGAAGAGGAAAGUGUUGACUGGAGGAGAGAUCCGGGUGGAGGAGUUUGUCUGCAUGGCCUUUUCACCUGACUCAAAGUAUCUGAUUGGUCAGGCAGGUGGGCCAGACUGGACACUGUUCCUCUGGAUGUGGGAGAAGCAGAGGUUGAUGGCCACUGUGAAGACUAGCAGCAAUGGCACCAUCAACCAGGUCAGCUUCAACCCUCAGGACAACACACAGAUCUGUGUGAGUGGCAACGGUGUGUUCAAGCUCUUCCGUUACGCUGAAGAAACCCUGAAACAGUCCAGCACCUUUAAAACAGACUCCCACAACUUCCUGUGUCACACCUGGAUGCCUAAGGAGCAGGUGAUCGCCGGCACGGAGACAGGUCAACUGAUGAUGUUUGAGUCAGGUCGACUGCGCUGGGAGAUGAACCUCACGUCUGCACUGUCUGAGCAGGAGGUCGAGAGACAGUUAGAAAACAAGGAGUCAAAUGAGACGUCCUCCACAACAUCCUUUUUGCCGCGAGUGACAGCCAUAGUAGGCUAUUCUAAAAACUUUGUCUGUUCCGCUGGUCCCAGCACUGUGUAUUUGUUUGAGAAAACAGAGGAGAAGGGCCAGUACAAGAAGACCAAAGAGAUAAAGAUUCCUCCAGAGCAGUUCACUAAUGAGUCCACUCCUGCGGCGCCCCAAGAAAUCAGCUCUUUGUGUAUAAGUCCAUCAGAGGACACUCUGGCCAUCAGUACAGACCGCGGGCAGCUCUACAGCAUCACUCUCUCCCUAGCCGAGCUCAGCAAGGGUGAUUAUGGUCAGUUUGAGUACCUGUCUCAGUCAUACCACUCUGCCGUUAUCACUGGUUUAUCCACCUGUAUUCGCAAACCACUCAUCGCCACCUGCUCCUUGGACCGCUCAGUGCGCAUCUGGAAUUUUGAGACUAAUGUUUUAGAAAUGUAUAAGGAGUUCCAGGUGGAGGCCUACAGCAUCGCUCUUCACCCCACUGGACUCUACAUCCUGGUGGGAUUUGCAGACAAACUCCAUCUCAUGGAUCUGCUCAUUGAUGACAUCAGGUCUUUCAAAGAGUUCACUGUACGCAGUUGCCGUGAGUGUGUAUUUAGCCAUGGGGGUCACUUGUUUGCUGCUGUCAAUGGAAACGUGAUCAACAUCUACUCCACUACCACAUUUGAUGAUGUCCUAAAUUUGAAAGGACACAAUGAAAAGGUGCGGUCCAUUGCGUUCAGUGCUGACGACAGUCAUCUGGUGUCGUGUGGAAUGGACGGGGCCGUCUACGAGUGGAAUACUCUCAGCGGACAGCGUGAGUCGGAGAGUGUGCUCAAGUCCUGCAGUUACACCGGGGUGACCAUGUCUCCUGACGCCAAGACAUUCUUCGCUGUUGGGACAGACUGCACUCUGAAGGAAAUUCAAGAUUGUCAGAUCCUUAAGGAAGUGCCUUCACAUGAUGUGGUUUGUACCACCGUUGCCAUGUCUCGUUCAGGACGAGCGCUCUUCGUUGGAACCUCCGUUGGGACAGUGAGGGUCAUCAAAUACCCUCUACCCAUUCAGAUGGACUGGCUAGAGUACCAGGCCCACGCUGGUCCUGUCACUAAGAUGGUCAUCACGUUUGAUGACCAGUUCCUCCUAACAGUCUCAGAGGAUGGGUGUCUCUUCAUCUGGAAAAUCAUUGACAAAGUGGGACAAGGAUUGAAGAGACAAAAGGAAUUAACGUACGCUGAAGAGAUCCUCAUCACCAAGUCAGAUCUUGAGGAAAAGCUGAAAAUAAUGCAUGAUCUGAAGACAAGAGUGGAUGAGCUCCAGGAGGAGAACAAGUACCAGCUCAGCCUAAGGGACAUGAGCUACAAGGAGAAGAUCAAGGAACUCACUGAAAAAUGUAUUCAACAGAUCAAUUCACUUAACGCUGAGAAAGAGGUCCUGAAAACAGAGAAAGAGAAGCAGCAAGCAGCCCAUUUUAAAGCUCUAUCAGAGAUCAUGGAGAAACAUGCUAAAGAGCAACAGGACUUGGAGUCGACCAAUAAUCAGAAGCUCAUGCUGGAGUAUGAAAAAUUCCAAGAUCUGCAGUUGAAACUGCAUAACGUUCAGCAGGAAUACGAGCAGCAGCUCCACAGCAUGGAGGAGAGCAAGACACGAGCACUGGAGGAGAUGACGCAGCUUUAUGAAGCCAAACUGCUGGAGAAGAUUAUGAUGUUGACCCAGUGUCAGGAUGAAUCUCAGCGUCAGGUUCGGGAGUUUGAGGAAUACAUCAAGCAGGUGGAGGAGGAUGGCGAUUUCGAGAUCGAGGACAUUCGCAUGAAAUACGAGCAACAUCUUAGAGAAGAAAAGAUGUCUAAUGCUAGGCUCAAAGUGGAGUCAGAUACCACAAAGAAGUCGUUUCAAAACCUGCAGAAGGAAAUUGAGAAUAGGAGCUUGGAGAUUGAGAAGCUGAAGCAGGAAGUGCAGAAGCUGCAGGCAGUGAUCAAAUCACUGGAGAAGGACAUCCAAGCACUGAAGAACGAAGUGCAGCAGAGAGAUGAGAUCAUACAUGAUAAGGAAAAGAGCAUCUAUGAUUUGAAAAAGAAGAACGACACACUUAAAAAUACAGUGGCAGUGAUGGAGUUCAAGGAUGAGUAUUUACAGGAGCAGAUUGAGCCCAAAGAGAAUGAAAUCAAAGUGCUUAAGGAACAGAUGCAAGAGAUGGAGGGAGAGUUGGAAGAGUUCCAAAAGAACAACACACAACUGGAGCUGAAAAUUGCUGAACUGAGCUUAAAACUGAAAACCAAAGACAAAGAAAUGCACAAAGAGAUGCAGAAGCUUCAGGAUAUGGGAACUCUGGUGCACAGGUUUAAAGCUGACCUUCACAAAUGUUUGGACUGCAUUCAGGAACCCAAAAAACUGAAGGAAAACAUUCGAGAGCUCUAUAAAUGUUAUGUCCAGCAGUCAGAUGUGGUAGAGGUUGUGGGGUUGGACACAGACAGCCAGGGGGAAAACAGCAGACAGAGGGAGCACUUCGAGAAGAUUAUCGCUUCACUGAAGAAACAGCUCACAAGAGACACAAACCUGCACCAGGCCAACAAUGUGAAGCUCAUGAAGGAGAACGUAGCUCUUAUCAAGGAGAUCAACGACCUGCGUCAGGAGCUGCGGACAGUCCGAAUACAGCUGCACAACUACGAGAGUCAAAACACCCUCAACAAAAGUAGGACCAAGAGCUCAACGAACACCAGAGCAGCUUCAGCAAGGAGCGGUGGUUCAAUGACAAAACUGAAUUUUGAAGAAGAAGCAGAGAAGAUCAUCCAGCUUCAGCGAAUGGAGAUCCAGAGGCUCAAGAAGGAGAUUGAUGGCCAGAGACCCUCAUCCAGAACUAAACUACCACCACUGACCAACUGAAUGUGCUUCCUGUCCUUCAUAUCUGAUUAAACCAUCAAAUGCUGUAACAGAAUUCUCAUAAACUGUUUUUAUUUAGAGAAAACAUGAAAUGUGAUUUGUAUACCUUAACUUCACCAGAUUCAAAUGUAGCCUACACAACACUGAC